CGCCCCUCUCAAACUCUGACUGAACUUUCUUUAGUGGAGCCUGUGCGUCACUCUCCGCGAACCUGGCUUGGACUAACCACAGGACUGCUCAACUGCCUGUGAAACACGAACAAUGGUUUGGCAGGAGCAAGGAUGGCUCGUCUGUGCGACUUUUCUCGGAUUUGUGGCGUCGGUGCAGAGCAUAACGCGAGGGGAGCUUUUUCCUUUCGGUCCAAGCGCAAGAGACCAGUUACUGGAAACGGGGACUGAUCAGACGCACCGAUUUGAACUGGACAAGCCAAUAUUAUUUUAUGAUGGCACUUUCGACAGCAUCUUUAUCAACACCAAUGGUUUUGUUGCCACAGCAGAGCCAUCAAGCGAGUCGACAUAUCUUGGCAAAAUGACGCCAGAAUUCGGCAUGAUUGCAGCUCUGCAAGGAGACCUGGACACAAGUGAUGCUGUGGGGAAAGUUUUCUUCCGUCAAGACAUUAGUCCAGACACUCUGCGUCGGGCAGCCGACCACAUCAACAGGGCCUUCCCAGAAGAUGAUGAAGUCAGUCCUACCCAUGUUGUGGUGAUCACCUGGGUAGAUGUUGCCUCUAAAGAACCUCAAAGCAAAGGAGAUGGCAUCAACAAGAAGAGAAACACCUUCCAGCUGGUCAUUGCAUCCCUGGAGACCGCCUCAUAUGCUAUCGUCCUGUAUACAAGGGAUGGGAUACAGUUUGCCACCACGCCUGUAGAUGACAGUAGGGUGAUCAUGCAAGCUGGCUUCAGUAAGGGUCUUGUCCAGGGUUUCCUGUACUCCAGUCAGGGACCGUACUAUCGCACCACCACUGAUGACGAGGGAUCCGUCAGGGCUUUAGCAGAACAGACCAACUCUGGCCUCCGGGGUGUAUGGGUGUAUGAGAUUGGAACUUCUCCUUAUUUUACCAACGUGGCUCCAGGUGAGGUCACUGACCUGCCCACUGAGGCCACGCUGCAGGAGGCAGGACAGCAAGUGGAGUACCCUCCUUACGAGACAGAAGGGGGGCCAAUUGAAAUCCAUCCAGUUCAGUACCAGCCACAUCAACCUGACAAUCCAGAAGUGGUGGUGGUGGAUGACACAGAUAUAAAUGUAGAUGUGUUCUCAUACAACCUUGGGACAUGUGCGAAUAACAGAAAUAAGUGCUCCCAGUUCUCUGACUGCAAGGACUACUCCGGUGGAUACUGCUGUCACUGCAGGCCUGGCUUCUAUGGCAACGGCAUACAGUGUGUGGCAGAAGGAAAGCCUCAGAGGAUGAAUGGUAAAGUGCAUGGAAAAGUGUAUGUAGGCGACUCUCCUUCUCUGAUUGAGUUUAACAGCAACGAUCUCCACUCAUAUGUGGUGGUGAAUGACGGCCGCUCCUAUGUGGCCAUCAGUGACAUCCCUUACACCCUUGGCCCUUCACUGCAGCCCCUGUCAGCCCUCGGUGGUGUGAUUGGGUGGGCAUUUGCUCUGGAGCAGCCUGGAUUCAGGAAUGGCUUCAGUAUUGUUGGGGGAGAGUUCACACGCCAGGCUGAAGUGACCUUUCUGCCAGGGAAUGAGAAGCUGACCAUCAGGCAGGAGUUCAAAGGCAUCGAUGAACACGACCACCUGGUGGUGAGCACCACCCUGGAAGGCCGGGUUCCUGAGGUGUCUCGCGGCUCCACUGUGCAGAUCGACCCUUACUCUGAGAUCUACCAGUACAGCAACAACUUGAUCACCUCAUCCUCCAAUCGGGACUACGUGGUGAGCUUUCCCGAUGGCACCACUGAGACCAGGACGUAUCAGUGGCGUCAGACCAUCACCUUCCAGAGUUGCCUACAUGACGAGUCUUUGAGAGACAUGAAACCCACACAGAUGCUCAGCGUGGAUCAGGUCUUUGUCAUGUACGAUGCUAAUAAUGAACUCAUCCGGUUCGCCAUGAGCAACAAGAUCGGGGACACCAACGGAGGACAGCCAGCGGAGAACCCAUGUUUCACUGGAAGACACGGCUGCGACACCAACGCUGUUUGUCGACCUGGACAGGGGACCCACUUCACCUGCCAGUGUGCUGCUGGCUUCAAUGGUGACGGUCGCACGUGCUAUGACAUUGAUGAGUGCAGAGAGAAUACUCAGAUCUGCGGCUCCCAUGCUAUCUGCAACAACCAGCCCGGGACCUUCCGCUGUGAAUGUGAGGAUGGAUAUCGGUUUGGUACUGAUGGGCAGACCUGCAUCGAGGUUAAUCAACCCGUGGACGCCUGUGAAGAAGGCACCCAUAACUGUGAUAUUCCUGAGCGAGCUCAGUGCAGCUACACUGGAGGUUCCUCCUAUAUCUGCUCCUGCCUGCCAGGGUUCGUAGGAGAUGGUAGAGUCUGCCAAGACGUAGAUGAGUGCCAGUCUGGCAGGUGCCACCAGGACGCCAAUUGUCAUAACACCCAGGGAUCCUUUACCUGCCAGUGCAGGCCAGGUUACUAUGGCGAUGGCCUCCACUGCUCUCCAGAGAGGACAAAAACAAGAUGUCAGGUCCACAGAGACAGUCUCCUGGGUGUGACAGAAUAUGGUCCACGGGGCCCACGGCCUCCUGUUGGACAGUACAUCCCCACAUGCGACGAGAAUGGCGCCUAUGAAGCUAUGCAGUGCCACGGCAGCACGGGAUAUUGCUGGUGCGUGGACCAAAACGGACAGGAGAUCCCAGGGACUCGCUCUGGGCCUGGGAGCAGCAGACCAAUGUGCAUCGACAAUGGUGGUGUGCCACCACCUGUUGGACCCACACCCCGACCCGGUGUCUUGCCCCUGCCUCCAGGAACACACCUGUUGUAUGCCCAGAGUGGCAGGAUAGAGCAUGUCCCGCUGGAGGGUUAUGAUAUGAAGAAAGAUGAUGCCAAGGCUCUCCUUCAUCUCCCUGAGAAGGUAAUCAUUGGAGUGGCCUAUGACUGUGUGGAAAAAAUGGUCUACUGGACAGACAUCACAUCUCCAUCCAUCAGCAAGGCCAGCAUCCAGGGGGGAGAGCCCAUUCCAGUCAUUAGAUCAGAUUUGCACAGCCCAGAGGGCAUCGCCAUCGACCACCUGGGACGAACUAUGUUCUGGACGGACUCUAUGAAGGACCACAUCGAGGUGGCUUCUCUGGACGGAUCUCAGCGACAUGUCAUUGUAGACUCUGAUCUCGUCAACCCCCGUGCUAUUAUUGCUGACCCCCCCAGUGGUACUCUGUACUGGGCCGACUGGAACCGAGACGCCCCAAAGAUCGAGACCUCACACAUGGAUGGAUCCAACAGGAGGGUGCUGGUUAAGGAUGAUCUCGGCCUGCCGAACGGCUUAACUUACGACUCUCAGAGCUCUAUGCUUUGUUGGGCAGACGCAGGCACGCAUAAAAUGGAGUGCAUGCAUCCUGGCCGGGGUGAUCGCAGACAAGUUAUGGAGGGGAUUCAGUACCCUUUUGGAAUUGCAUCUUUUGGGAAGAACAUCUACUACACUGACUGGAGGAGGGAUGCCGUGAUUGCAGUGGACCGCUAUGCUGGCAGGGAGUCAGAUGAGUUCCAGCCUCAGAAACGCACCAAGUUAUAUGGAAUCGCCAUAGCUUACGCCCAGUGUCCUUCAGGACAAAACUACUGUGCUGUGAACAACGGGGGCUGUACUCACCUCUGUUUAGCAACACCAAACGGUCGCUCCUGCAAAUGUCCCGAAAACGCAGUGGGCUGCGUGGAGAGACAGAGCGGGUACUGAACUGAGGCGGCCGUGCUCUGAGAGAUUACACUGUUUGGAUGUUUGAUUACAAAUUAGGAGCCACUCAGCAUUACUAAACUAUAGCUGCUGAAAAAUGCCACUGAAAACCAGAAGUGAACUUACUGUGCCUUUUAUUGCUCAGUGUUAUGCUUAUCAACAUUUCUAAGUCUCCCAUUGCCUUUAUAAACCCACAAAUGCCUUCCAGAAUUGUAAAUAUAAACACUAUUAUGUUGACUGCUUUCCUGAGUGCACAUAAACUGAGAAUGAAGCUCAAGGGAUAAAUAAUUUAAUGUGAAAUUCAUUACAGCAAUGCAUGACAUCGUCUCAUGUCAGUUGUGUUACACUGUGGCAUGUUUGGAUCAGGCUAUCUCAUGGAAGUAUAAUUGUGAAAUAGGACUAAAAGUGUCUGUACAAGCUGGUGGGAUGAGUUUACAUGCUGGGCAGCAAAUGAAUAAACAUUUUUCUAACA